UCAAGGUAUACUCGCUUUAUGGAAAUUUCGUUUGUAUGUCGUUAAUUGCGUACUAGCAUUCUAACAGCGACCGAUCAAAACGUUGAAAUACGUAUUCUAGUCAGUCGAGUCUUGCACUGAAUACGGUAAAAUGGGUGGCGGUGGUCGAAUGCCAGGUCUUUCAUGGGCGAGCUUAAAAAAGAAUCCCAUGUUAAUUCCACUAUUCUUCUGUCUUGGAGUGGGUGCAACUGGAGCGACAUUAUACACGAUACGUUUAGCAGUUAAAAGUCCCGAAGUUACGUGGCAUCCUAACAAAAAUACCGAACCAUGGAAUGAUUAUAAGGACAGAUCCUAUAAGUUUAUAAAAGUUCAGGAUACUCUUCCUCAGAAAUCACCAGCUCCGGAAUACUAAAAAUAUACCCUGUACACUAGUAUUAAGUAAUAGAUAAAUAAAACGACAUAGUGGUUAAUUUCAA